AUGGACCUGCUUUUGGUGUCUUUUGCUUGUCUCCCUGCUUUGAAACAUUAUUUGAGCAGACUACGCCUCAGACGACAGAUUUCCACUGGAUCUGGAAGUAACGACAUUGGCGCCGAAAAUGGCCUCCAUCUGGAAUUGAAUACGACACAUCAGUCAUCCGACCCUCCCAUGCCUCAAUACUUGCCAGAAAAUAUCAGUGCCGACCAAGAUAUAACCUUAGGGGGGCUUGGAGACUUCAUAGCUGCAGUCAUUGAGUUUAAUAGCACAAGGGACCUCGGAUUUUCAAUCGGAUUCGAUUCUCUCAGUUUUGCUAUAGGAAAGAAGUCCAAAAUGCUUCUUUCGUCAGUCACGGGGAUUAUUGGAAGUGGGACGUUGUGUGGGAUUUUAGGACCUUCGGGCGCUGGAAAAACAACCUUUAUGAAAUUGUUGAUGGGAAAACUUGAGCCGACCACAGGCUCUGUCAAUAUCAAUGGCAAUGUAACAAAGCUUGUCGAGUACAGGAAACUUAUUGGUUUCGUUCCAUCUGAUGAUGAUCUACUUCCGGAGCUUACAGUCCGCGAAAGUAUUCUUCACUCUGCACGCAUUCGGCUUCCUCGCAAAUGGUCAGAUACUGCAUGUAUUUGUCGAACACAGUCGUCGUCAGGAACGAGGUCAACUUCAGCUCCAGCACAUGUCCCAAGAUGGAGACCUACCACAGUACCCGGAGAAUCUGCGUGCGAAGAUUGGUUCACGCACCUCAUACCUACCACGGAUUACAGUGGAAGGACCUAA